UCCCCUGUCUGAUGCACGGCGAAACUGGUGUCAGUAGCUAAGGAGCAUCCGUGCGUGCGCAUAAGCUGGAGCUUGUAAAAAUUGCGUAAAUUCUUUACAACCUAAUUUUUGUACGAUGUGCAUUCAUUUUAAUGCUUAAUAUUUAAGAGUAGUCUCAAAUCAGUCAGCUCUUGUGAAAAUGGAAAUCCCGCCGUUACUGCGCUUCUUCUUUGUCAUUGGACUUUUGUUAGGUGUUGUUUUGACUGCGCCUGAUGAGCGUGAGCCAGUAGUAGCCGGCAAUGACUUCUCGAAGAAGCUCGAGACAGUCCGCAUAAUCAGCCGGUCUCAGUGGGGUGCCCAGCCGGCCACCGACAAACCGCGUCAUCUGAAAGUCCAGCCAGCACCUCUGGCGAUCAUAAGCCACACCGGCACCCAGUCCUGCUACAACGAGGCCAAGUGCAUACUCAGCGUCCGCGUCAUUCAGACGUUCCACAUCGAGGCCAAGGGCUGGGUCGACGUCGGCUACAAUUUCCUCAUUGGCGGUGAUGGUAAUGUCUACGAGGGCCGAGGCUGGGACAUGGCCGGUGCUCACACCCACAACUACAACAACCGCAGCAUCGGCAUCGCCUUCGUUGGCGAUUUCAGCUAUAAGAGUCCGAUCAAAGAGCAGAUAGCUACCGCCGUCAAAUUGCUCGAACUCGGGGUCAAGAACGGAAAGCUGGCCAAGGAUUACAAGCUCAUUGGCCAGAGACAGGUUGCGCAUACCCAGAGUCCUGGGGACAAGCUUUACAACGUCAUCAGGACCUGGGAGCACUGGACCAAUGAUCCGUGAGAAGUUCCUCCGAGAGUAGUUGCGUUAGUGUAUAUUAGGCUAGUCGUUUAAUCGUGCUGUUUUUGCUUCCUCCACGCGCGUCGCCCCUUAUCUUUGCUCCUUUGUAUUAUGUGAUUUUGAUAUUGUGAUAGCAAUUUGACGCCAAUAAUGUAUUGCACUUCUCGUGUUCUAGUCAACGUAUUUACUUUAUUCGUCCAAAGCCAAAUUCUCUUACAAGUGCGGCUUGCAGCUGUAAUUAUAAUUUUAUUGGGGAGGCAAAUCGAGUCAGCGGUAGAUUUUUUAUUAGUUUCUAUAAAGUAGAAAGUAUUGUUCUCGAGUCGAACGAAUGACAAAUAAAUAAUAUCGAUUGCAGUAA